CGCGCUGCCGUCGCCCUCUGCGCGCUCGUCGCGGCGCGGCUCGCCCACCCCCGCGCUCGGCGCCGCCGCUCUCCCCCACUCGCGCUGCCGUCGCCCUCCCGCGCGCGCGGAUUUUUUUUAGCGGUGGUACGGGGUCGCGGGGGAAACAAUUAGGAGGCAGACCCACUAGUUUUUUAGUUGUAGAGAAAAAGCGGGCGAGCAAACCAGCAUCCCUAGUGGAAGAGGAACAGAGACUUCUCCUCCAACCCCAGCGCCCCGCUCUGCUGCGGACGCCGCCGCCGAGAUGGACUACCUCAAGACGGUGGUUCCGUCGCAGCUCAUGGCCGAGCGUGGCUCCAACCUCGUAGUCAUCAAUCCAGGAUCUGCAAAUGUACGCAUGGGGUUUGCUAGUCAGGAUGUGCCAUUCAAUAUACCGCACUGCAUUGCGCGACACAUCAAUCCACAGGAGGGCAAAGAACUAAACUUCUCUGUUCGGGAUCAGAUGCUCAAUUGCCGUGCUUCUUCAUCACAGAAUGCAGAGCGCGAGAGCGCAUAUGAUAUUAUUGCAGCACUGAUGAAAAUACCAUUUUUGGAUGAAGAAUUGCCUUCACCGAACCAACCCCUUCCUCCAAAGAUGGGACGUGUCGAUGGCUUUUCCUUACAGCAAAGCAGAGAUGAUAAUAAAUUCACCUGGACAAAUGUGACAGAGAGAAGCAUCAAGCCAUCCACAUCAAUUGAUAGGUCAGUAUACAAGGGUGCUGAGGAAGAUACUCCGCCAAGCACAUCCGGUGAUGGUAAUGGGCAUGACUUUGAAGAGAACAAGUAUAAGGAAAUGAUAUUUGGAGAAGAUGCUUUGAAAAUCCCUCCGUCUGAGUCGUACUGUUUGAGUCGUCCUAUCAGGAGAGGCCAUUUCAACGUGUCUCAUAAUUAUUCCCUGCAUCAGGUUUUAGAAGAUUUACGCACUAUUUGGAACUGGAUACUGACAGAAAAGUUGCAUAUCAACCCAAGAGACAGAGGUCUAUACUCUGCGAUUCUUGUUCUUGGGGAGACAUUUGACAACCGAGAAAUAAAAGAGAUGAUGUCUAUUGUCCUCCACGAUUUGGGGUUUAGCACAGCAGUGGUACAUCAGGAAGCUUUAGCUGCAGCGUUUGGAAAUGGUUUGUCUACAGCUUGUGUUGUCAACAUUGGCGCUCAAGUUACACAAGUAGUUUGUGUAGAGGAUGGAGUAGCUUUGCCCCACACAGCAUUGGCGCUUCCAUAUGGUGGAGAUGACAUCUCUAGGUGCCUGCUUUGGGUUCAACGUCGCCAUCACACAUGGCCGAACUUUCAAACUGAUCCAGUGAGCAAGCCUAUAGAUAUGCUAAUGCUCAACAAAAUAAAAGAGUCAUACAGCCAAAUAAGGAGUGGGACUUUUGAUGCAGUUACCAUUGUUCAUUCAUACGAUAAUGAAAGAUCUGCUGGUCAUCAGAAGACAAGACUAUCAGCUCUUAAUGUUCCUCCUAUGGGGCUUCUUUACCCAAGGGUUCUUGUUCCAGAAGAGUACCCUCCACCUCCUCGAUCUUGGUUCCACGACUAUGAUGACAUGCUGGAAGAUACUUGGCAAACAAGUGACAGUCUUUACCCUAGUGGGAAUGGUGGGUAUGGCAUGUGGGACAAUUACCCGAUGUUUCCCACUAGAUUAAAGAAAUUUGAUAACAUUGGCCUCGUAGAGGCCAUUGUUAGUAGCGUUCUUUCGACAGGACGUGUUGACCUUCAAAGGAAGCUUUUCUGUAGCAUUCAGCUGGUUGGUGGUGCAGCUUCUACAGCUGGCCUUGCACCAGUUCUAGAGCAAAGGAUUCUUAAUAAAAUUCCAGCAAACCAAUCUGUUGAGAGAGUUGAGGUGCUGCAGUCAAGGACUUAUCCGUUGUUUGUUCCAUGGAAAGGUGGAGUGAUUUUGGGCGUCCUGGAUACUGGUAGGGAUGCUUGGAUUCAUAGAGAAGAUUGGAUUAAAAAUGGUGUUCACAUCGGGAGUGGCAGAAAAUAUAAGGAUUCCUACUUUCUUCAGGCGCAAGUAAUGUGCUACUACAACAUAUAGCAGGUUGUUUGACAGCGAACGAUCUGUGGACAGCAAUUAACUUGGAUACAUGAUGCAUCGUCAGUUUCAUGCAUGCUGUGCUGUCUUGUUGGGUUCUAGGGUCAUCAACAACCAAGGGGCCUGGAUGAAAGCUUGUAAGUUAGAAGUAGAACGGUCUGGUGUUGUAAAGACGUACUCAUGUUUGACAGUACUUUGUUGCAACUUUAACAUUUAUAAGAUCUCUGCUAACUCUGGUAUGAGCUUGCAGCUCA